CAGUCAUUUUCACUGGCUCAGGCUCAAGUACCACCAGGAAGGAUAAACCGACGGGGAAUGCAUCAGAAAAUAAGAUCCUGCGUGUCAAUUCUAUUUCUCCUCGGAGGCUUUGUGAAAUCCAAAGAAAUAUUUGGAGCACAUGGCGUAAGAGGUGGACUCGUAGAGAUUGAGUGCAGCUAUCCAGAUGGGUAUCGGGACAAUGAGAAGUACUGGUGUCGGCAUCCCUGUUGGAAUACGAAGGAUGUUCUCAUUACAACUGGCAAGAGGAACACUAUGGUCACUGUAGGGAGAUUCUCUCUGUUUGACAACCAGAAAGUUAGGACCUUUACUGUGACCAUGAAUAAUCUCACACUGCAGGACACUGGGGUGUAUUACUGUGGACUGGAGCGAUGGGGGCUUGAUAAAUACACAGAAAUAAAAGUAAGCGUCAGUCCAGCAGGGAAGGAACCUCCUGGACUUGACUCCGGCGCACAGACCAAUGGCAGUGCCCUGGCAGACGCCCAUGUUGUGAUUCUGGCAGUCCUUGCAGUGAUAGUCUGUGGGCUCCUGGUGGCAGCUGUCAUUCUCUUCACACAGAGGAGAGCCAUACGCUUCCUGGUUAAGAAUCUCCCCAUCGUGGAACUUCCCAAGGCAAACGUGCAGAAUGAUGAUGUUCCUCUGGCUGUGUAUGAAGAGGUCGAUGCAGGAGGCGCCAGGCCCCUGUCCUCUGUGUACUCCAGCGUGUCGAACCUUCAGGAGAAGAGCCAGGGACUGUAUUCCUUCGCACAGCUGCCUGGACCCCAGCUCACACCCGAAGACAGGGGUGUUUACUCUUUGGUGACAGCCCGCUUUCUCAGCUGUGUGAUGUCAGCAGAGAGGAGAGUGAGUGGAUCUGAAGGAGGACGUGUAGAGAUUGGGUGCUACUAUCCAGAUGGGUAUCAGUACAAGGAGAAGUACUGGUGUCGGGAUCCCUGUUGGAAUAAGGAUGUUCUCAUUAAAACUGGCAAGACGGACAUUGAGGUCACUGUGGGGAGAUUCUCUCUGUUUGUCAACACUUCAGUCAGGGCCUUCACUGUGACCAUGAAUAAUCUCACCCUGCAGGACACUGCGGUGUAUUACUGUGGACUGGAGCAAUGGGGACCUGAUAAAUACACAGAAAUAAUAGUGAGCAUUGAUACACGAGCUCCUACAGUCUCCAUGCUGUCCCACUCAAGUCCAGGGACUGUUACAGAGGAUGCCACUGCCACCCCACCAGGAGUCCACAACACCCAGACAGGAGGCAGGGAGUUCACAGACUGUGACACAACGGCUGCAAGAGCUGAUAGUGGAAGCCCAGGUUGUGUGCAGCUCUUACUUGAAGUAGACACCCACAUUGUGACUGGGGCAGUCCUCUCAGUGAUAGCCUGUGGGCUCCUGGUGGCAGCUGUCAUUCUCUUCACACAGAGGAGACCCAAACGCUCCCUGGCCAAGGACCAUCUAACCAGGAGAACUUUCACAGACGCUGCACAGGAUGCUGAAUAUGCGAAUGUUGGCACGGCCGCUGGGAUCAAGCCCCUGUCCUCAGUGUACUACAGCGGGUCGUACCAUCAGGAGGAGGACAGCCAGGGACUCUACUCCCUCGCACAGCUGCCUGUGGACACACCCAAGGACAGUGAGGUUUACUUUCUGGUGACAGCCCACUGAGCUGGGCCUGCACUGUGGACACACACUCCUACAGGUGACGACACAGGCGCAAGGGAAGCCAGUCUUGCCUUCCCUGAUACCGAAACAUUCUUCGCCCUUUUCAAUGAAGUGGCAACAUCCCAAUACAAAUGUAUGCUGGAAGGAUUUUAAUGACAUUUGUUUAUAAAUUCUUAUAAUUGCUCCGUGCAUUUAUACAAGCAUUUGAGAAGACAAUUACGUAGCAAAUAACAGUAGCUCUAAAUCAAAACUGAAAUCUUUUAAACUAUCAAGCACGCUGAUGUUGUGAACAGAGCUAUAGGGAACAUUGUAAACGCACAUACCGAUGAACAAGCAGAGAUUCAUUCUACACUGAUAAUAGAAGUGUAGAAAGAAGACAAAACAGAAGAUUUCAGCUAUGCAUUUUUUCUGCUCAAGCGUGGAAAUAACUUCUCCUUAUUCUUUUGUCAUACCUACAGCAGCACAGCUCCCUACUCCAACUCACACAAAGUAUUAGUAUGCUUUAUACUUUAUACCAUGAUGGAUAACCUAUAUAUGACUGAGCUAUAUCUUUAAUCAUAUAUGACUGAGCAUGGAUCUCCAAACCCCCGAACUAAUCAGUUCCUAAAAAUAAGAAUUCUCUGCAUAUGUGCUAUUGUAGGAGCUCUUAAGGUCUGGUCAUCUGUCAGGAGAAGGUUUGCCUCUGAUUGGUUGAUGAGAGAUAGAUUCCCUCUGAUUGGCUGAUGAGAAAAGUAUUGCCUCUGAUUGGUUGAUGUGAGAAGCCUUGCCUCUAAUUGGCUGGCUAUCUUUGCUUUGUUGAGAAGCUCUGUAUUAUACCUCUAUAAAUUCCAGUAAUUAUGCUUAUGAGGCCAGUCUAAGUGCUCAAAGGGGUGUAUGUAAUUUCUUUAGCAUAAAAUAAAACACAUAUUUUUAAUUCCUCCCUUGCCUGUUUUCUUGACUGUGAUGUCUUUCAAUCAGUCACAGAAUUGCCAUGAUGUAGAAGGGUGGUUGGUCUUGUGCACAGACUUCAGGGACAGGCAUGAUGCCAUCUCAUGAGAGACUAAGAUCCUUUCUGUGUUUUUAUUUCUUAAGAUGUAACAGGUCACACGGCAUCACAUUCAGACUAAGCUGAAACAUCUUGAAGGAUCGUUAAUGACCACUUUAAACUCUUAACAGAAACACUGUCCAAAACAGAAACCUUCUAAAAACAAAACAUAUAUUAAAUAUCUGGGUAUUAAUUGUCCCAACUGAGCAGUGGAGGAGGAGCUUUGUUUAUUCUCCUGAAGUGUGUAGAUUGCGUUUUCCUUUAGCGUCUUCUGGGCAUGUCACAGAGUGACAACACAUCUUGCAUAUAGGGCCAGGUCUGUGUCAGAGCAGGCGUGUUUGUCUUUCUCCUGUGUCUGUUUCCUCCUCCUCAUCCAAAUUUUAAAAUGCAGUGAGGCAGGAAACAGUAAGCAGGGAUUGAAGAACACACUGUUUGCCCAGACAUAAGGGCCAGCAGCUAUAUCACUCUGCAACACCUGGCAGCCCGCUGAAGCU